GCACAAUUAGACGAGUUUUCUCACAGCAGAGGGCGAAAAAUGGCGUCGCCAGGGAAGUCAACGAGUAAGAAACACGCCGUCAAAAAGGCACCCAAACUUCAUCCGUCCUUCCUGGAAAUGGCCAUUGAAGCCAUAAGAGCGAGUUCAGACACUAAAGGAGCAUCGGUACCAUCCAUUCGUAACUACAUCACAGAAAACUAUAAAUCUGUCGACCCGACCACUGUGCGUUACCGCCUGAAGCAAGCGCUCAUGAAGGCGCUCGAGAAAAACAUGAUCAACAAAUCGAAGCAAUCUGAUGACAGGCCUCUGAUGUCGAGCAGAUUUAGGAUACUAGCGACGAAAAAGAAGAAAGUGACGAAAAGCGAAGACAAGGAAAAUAAGAUCGCAAAACAGAAAAAGGAGGUAAAGAAUCUGAAUUCAGUGAAGAAGCCGCGCGCACUCAAGAAAGCCAGCAACACGAUGAAAUCUCCCGCCAAAUCCCCCAAGAAGUCUCCUGCAAAACUGGCGCGGAAGAACACCGUGAAAGUGCCCAAACCCAAGACGCCAAAGAGACCACAGAGCGCAAAGAAAGUAAAGAAGUCGAAAUGAGUAUUUGUGAUAUUGCCGAUUGUCUGUACAUAGGAACCUCGGGGAGGAUUGUCUGUACAUAGAAACCUUGGGGAGGAUUGUCUGUACAUAGAAACCUUGGGGAGUGUUUCAAUGGAUUGUUGUGGUGAUCUUAUUUAGGAACAAUGUACAUUGUAGUUAGAUUAAUUGCAUGAUGGUUGCUGGGAAUUUUUAAUUUUGUAGAUGUGUUUUAAUAUGACGCCGAAGUACCAAGUAAUACUGAAGUAUCCUCAUUUACAUUUAUAGCUGUAUACAGUUUUUAGAUAAAUGUUUGGGUUUUCUUUGAA